GGUUUAUUCUUAACUUGGUUAGAAAAACGAAAAGAAAAAUCAAUGCAACAAAAUGAAAUAGUAACUUAUAAUAUGAGUGUUAAGGAAGAUACAAUUAAUGAUAUUAAAAUAGUUACUGCAGUAUAG